UCUUCACUGUUGCAAAGCGUGUGAACGAAGUGCAAAAGCAAUCCACACCCAACAUUCUCUAUCUCUCUCUCUGGUCUUCUUCUCCUCCUUCUCUCUCAAAAGGCACCUUCUUUUUGGUUCCUCAAGAGGCGGCUCUAGGGUUUUGUUCAUAAGUUUCCUGUACGUCUUUUUGCAACCAGUUUGAUCUUUGUUGCCUGAAAAAAGACCAUGAAGGACUUAUACAGGCUUGAUGAUCAAGUCACCACUGAUUUUCUCAGUCCAGUUGAACAUCAUCUACUUCAGUUUGAUCAUCAAGAAACUGAUCAUACAGAUGCUUCUGUGUCAGUUUUCUCUGGUCUGAUCAAAACCCAGAUCGCCAAUCACCCUCGUUAUCCAGACCUAGUGUCUGCUUACAUUGAAUGCCAAAAGGUUGGAGCACCGCCUGCGGUGGCUUCACUUCUUGAAGAAAUCGGCCGAGAAAACCAUACUAUAAACAGCUGCAGUGAGAUAGUAGCUGAUCCAGAACUUGAUAAGUUCAUGGAAUCAUAUUGUGAGGUUCUUCAUAGAUGCAAAGAGGAACUCUCAAAGCCGUUGGAUGAAGCUACAAUGUUCUUGACCAACAUCAAAUCAAGGCUAACUGAUCUCUGCAAUGGAACAUUGGUGAAAUCCUUGGAUUAUUUAUCUGAUGAAGCUGUUGGGUCUUCGGAGGAAGAGUUAAGCGGCGGCGAAUCCCUGGGCCGACAUCGUCCGAGCCACGAGAUCAAAGGAAUGCUGAUGCGCAAAUACAGUGGGUAUCUAAGCAGUUUAAAGGAAGAAUUCUUGAAGAAAAGAAAGAAGGGUAAGCUGCCAAAAGAUGCCAGGCUCACACUGCUAGACUGGUGGAACAGCCAUUAUAAAUGGCCUUAUCCCACGGAGGAUGAGAAGUUGAAAUUAUCAGAGAUAACGGGACUAGACCAGAAGCAAAUCAACAACUGGUUCAUCAACCAGCGGAAGCGGCACUGGAAAGCGUCCGAGGAUAUGAAAUUCGCUCUUUCAGACGGUGUUUCCGGACACAAUGGAGGGGGUCCGACGUACUUAAAUGCCGGAGAGGGAACCGGAAGGGACGAUAUUUGA